CAUAUGUCAUCCAAAAUUUCCAUUAAAAUAAAAUUCCCCGUCCAUUUUGUUUCUUUUGAUUAGCAUCAUCGGAGUAGAGAAGAACUGAAAUAAGUGAACAGCAAAAAUGGCACACUCGGGCUCUUCGGAUUCUAAAUCAUUUGUAAAAGAUUUCUUCGCCGGAGGAAUUUCUGCGGCCGUUGCCAAAACGGCCGUAGCUCCAAUAGAGAGGGUUAAAUUGCUUCUACAAGUACAAGCGGCCAGCAAGCAAAUCAACCCUGAGACCGCUUACAAAGGUAUGGUAGACUGUUUCGUCCGCAUUCCCAAAGAACAGGGUUUCCGCAGUUAUUGGCGAGGUAAUUUAGCAAAUGUGAUAAGAUACUUUCCCACGCAAGCACUGAAUUUUGCCUUUAAGGAUGUAUAUAAAAAGAUGUUCUUGGAAGGAAUUGAUAAAAAGAAACAUUUCUGGAAACAUUUUGCUGGUAACCUAGCAUCAGGUGGGGCUGCUGGUGCUACCUCAUUGUGCUUUGUAUAUCCGCUUGAUUAUGCUAGAACUCGUGUUUCUAGUUUGGGAGCUGACGUAGGGAAAAGUGCUACUGAAAGGCAAUACAAUGGUCUGGUUGACUGCUUAGCAAAGACAUUUAAAUCUGAUGGUCCGAUUGGGCUAUAUAGAGGCUUUUUGGUGUCAGUGCAAGGAAUAAUAAUAUAUCGUGCAGCAUAUUUUGGGUUCUUUGAUACCGCUAAGGGGCUACUGCCUGAUCCUAAGAACACACCUUUCAUCAUUUCAUUCCUUAUUGCAGAGACUGUCACAACUUGUUCAGGAAUUAUUUCCUAUCCAUUUGACACAGUACGCAGAAGAAUGAUGAUGCAAUCUGGCAGGGCCAAAGAUGAUAUGAUGUACAAGAACACAUUGGACUGUUGGAGGAAGAUUGCUGCACAAGAAGGCACUAGCGCCUUUUUCAAAGGCGCAUUCUCGAACGUUCUCAGAGGAACGGGAGCGGCUUUAGUCUUGGUAUUCUAUGAUGAAGUCAAGGCUUUGCUUUAAAACUCGUAUCUCUUUAGUCUUUUGUAUAAAGAUAUCUAUUUUUGUACUUACCAUUCCAUAUACCAUUCCAUAAUAGUAUCCUAGUACAGUGCCUAAGGUUUAAACCUUCUGUUUUGUUUGAAUUAUUAUAGUGUCUCCAAGUGGUAUUUAUUUUUCUGUUUCAGAUUUUGUUUUGUAUGAUUUGUGAUGUUUUUAAUGCAACUUGGUUGUGAUAAACUAGUUAUAGUAAUAAAGAUUGCCAAAGUAAUAAGA